UCAUCAGCUCAGAAGCAUCAUGUCUGGGAAACCCAAACUUACCUACUUUAAUGGCAGAGGGCGCAUGGAAUCCAUCCGGUGGCUGUUGGCAGCAGCUGGAGUUGAGUUUUGUGAAGAAUUUUUGGAAACAAAAGAACAGCUUUUGAAGCUAAUCAAAGAUGGGCUUUUGCUGUUUGAUCAAGUCCCAUUAGUGGAGAUGGAUGGGCUGAAGCUGGUCCAAACAAAGGCUAUUCUCAACUACAUAGCGGGGAAAUACAACCUCCAUGGGAAAGACCUGAAAGAAAGGGCACGAAUUGACAUGUAUGUGGAUGGCACUAUGGAUUUAAUGGGAAUGUUUUUAAUGUAUCCGUUCUCUCCACCGGAGCAAAAAGAAGCUCAGCUUGCCUCUAUUCUUGAGAAGGCCACAACCAGAUACUUACCAGUCUAUGAAAAGGCAUUGAAACAGCAUGGACAGAAAUUUCUUGUUGGUAAUUGCUUGAGCUGGGCAGAUGUACAACUACUUGAAGCAAUUUUAAUGUUAGAAGAGAAAAAAUCUGAUAUUCUUUCGCAGUUUCCUCAACUGCAGGCAUUCAAAGAAAGAACAAGCAACAUUCCCACCAUUAAGAAGUUCCUGCAGCCUGGGAGCCCAAGGAAACCACCUCCCGAUGAUGCUUAUGUAGCCACCGUGUUGAAGAUUCUCAGCUAAGAAUGGCAUCGGGUG